AUACAUAUGUAUAUAAAUAUUAAUUUUUUAUUCGACAAUGGAUCAUUGUGACAUCAAAUUGGAAAUGCACUGUGACAGUGAAGAGAAAUAUGUUAGUUUAGUGGAUAACAAUUGUCAAACCGAUUUGAACAACGAACUGACCGGAUCCUCGAACGCAUCGAACGUCCUUGCUAUUUUAGACGGAACUUUCUUCGAAAUAAACCCUGAAAAAUGUUCCGACAAAUCUGUGGUGGCUGUUUGUAUAAAAUGUAAACCAAAGAAAGUCGAGAUAAAAGGCCGUGCGAAUUCAACUUCGAACUUUCGAUCUCAUCUGAAGAGACGUCACGGUAACGCAGUACUGAACGAAUAUAGCGAACACAUGAAAGUAAGGAAAAUUAAAAACAGUAAGAAACAGGGGGAAACAUCGGGAACGAACUACAAUAAAACGUUCCAGUGGCAACAGCUAACGCAAGAGAAUUUGAACAGAGAUAUAACUAAUUAUAUCCUUCAUUCCAUGGCGCCACUUCGAACCGUCGAAGAUCCUUAUUUUUUGAAAAUUUUCGAAAAUCUUAAUAUUUCAGAUUACGGAACAAGGAUUAUGAGCAGAAGAGACCUUAGUUGCCACAUACGAGAACUUUUUAAUGAAAACAUUUCAAAGGUAAAAAAUAGCUUAAAAGAAUUGAAGUUUGUUUGUACAACUGCUGAUAUAUGGUCAGCGAGAGGGAGCAGUUUUUUAGGAGUUACGGCGCAUUGGAUCGAACCACAGACCCUGGAAAGAAAAUCAGUGGCAUUGGCUUGCAGAAGAUUCGCAGGUAUUCACAGUUACGAUAAGAUUGCCGAACGUCUUGAAGAAAUACACGUGGACUUCGAUUUAAAUUUUCCUAAACUGACGGCCACGGUGACGGACAACGGGAGCAAUUUUCUGAAAGUUUUUAAAGUGUUCGGAGUAGAGAUUAAAUCCGAGUACGAGGAUGAAUACGAUAGUACGGACAGCGACGGCCAUAACGUGGUGUUUAAUAACGAAAACGAGGUAGCGGAAUUUUAUAUUAACGACAGGGUGUUCAGUACGUUGCCGCGACAUAUUCAUUGUUUCGCCCAUACGCUUUCUCUUUGCAUAACAACCGACGUAAUACGAACAAUAAAAAACUCGGAAGAGUUGAACGCUAUACAUAAUCAGGUAAUACAUAAAUGCACGUUGUUGUGGAACGCGUUGUCUAGGCCAAAAUCAGCCGAGAUAAUAGAGAGCGUGUUAGGUUAUACGUUAAGCAGGCCGGAAGACACAAGAUGGAAUUCCCUGUACGAUGCUUUGAUACAGAUCACGCAAAUAAAAGAGAAAACUUACAACUUGUUUAAAAUCUUGGGUAUCAAGUGCGAAUUAACUGAUUCGGAAUUUCAGUACAUCGAGGAACACAUUUCUUGCACAGAACCCAUUGCUCAAGCAUUAGACAUCUUACAAGGGGAAGAGGACGUAUUUUAUGGUAUGGUUAUUCCUUGUUUACUUUCUUUGCAACGAAAAUUGCAGCACCUAAACGAGAAAAGCUGGACGUAUUGCAAGCCGUUGAUUCAAGCCCUUUGCAACAGCAUAGAAAUCAGAUUCGAGAACUAUUUAAAUUUCCGUACGCCCGAGUCGGAGAAAGCGGUGAUCGCCGCUUUCUCGCAUCCGAAGUUUAAAAACAAAUGGUUGUCGUGUGUCGAGACCGACAAACAUAAACGGCUGUUGUCGUUAUUUAAAAGAGCUCUUUUCUCGCAAAUAGAAACGGACACGCCAACCUCGGCCACCCCCAACAACCACGAGACCAAUAAAUUUAAUCAUUUCUUCGAUUUCGGUACUCUAUCGUCGACGCACAACGACCAAGAAUUACUUUCCACCACUAACAUAGAACUAUUAACUCUGCAAUAUUUUACAGAUAAGACAGAAGAGUAUAGUAUAUUAAAUACAUUCCCUGCAAUUAAGAAUAUAUUUAUACAGUAUAACACUCCACUGCCAUCGUCGGCGCCGGUCGAGCGUCUGUUCUCGUUCGCGACGAUAAUAAACGAACCAAAGGCAAAUAAAUUAUCAGACACAACGUUCGAGCAAAGGGUUAUACUCAAAGCAAAUUUAUUAAAGAAAGCUGUGUAAAUAGUUGCGUAAGCUAGAAACAGGCGAGAGAGGGAGAGAGUAUGUAAAUUCAUCGAAACAGAAUUUUAAGUGACACUGUACGUGAUGCGCUCGUAAGUGUACGACGAAAU